AUGGCGGCAGGGAGCAGGAGGAUGCUCAUCCCUCUCAGGCCGCGGCUGCUCUCGCGGCAACGCACUCUCCUUGCCGGCCUCGCCGCCGCCUUCGCGGUGACCCUACUCUCCAUCGUCCUCCUGCUCUCCUCCCUUCCCGCCUCCUCCUCGCCGCCAUCCCGCCGGCGCCACGGCGUCGACACGACAUCCACGACCGCGCUUAGUCCACCCGCUCACUGCGGCGCGAUGAGCGCGAGCCUGGGGGAGUUCGGCGAAAUGAUGGUGUCCAUGCUCCCGAGGGACCUCGCAUUCACCGCCUUCAUGCCCUCGCCGGAGUCGUUCCGCCGCGUCCUCGGGCUGCGGCACAACGACAGCGCCGCGGGGCUGAAGGCCAGCGACGACACCUACGCCGUCGUCUCUCGCGUGCUCGGCUUCUCCGCCGUCCCUCUGCGCCUGCGCUCCGGGGACGUGGCUCUGCGCGGGACGGCGCGGCUGCUGGACCUGGACUCCGUGUCCGGGCUGAAGGUGCACGCGUGGAGGGACGUGGACGGGGCUCUCGUCGUCAACGGCGUGCGGUCGGAGUGCGUCGAUAUCGUCAGGGACGAGACCGUGGUGCAUGUCAUGGCGGGGGUCCUCAUGGACGCCGAGUUCGAGCGAUCUCUUUCCCUUCCGAAUUAG